UUAUGACACUGUUUCCCUUUUGCCGGGCACGCUCCGAAUGUAUGUGAAGUUGCACAGUUCAUGCACGAGCGUCCUUGUCUCGGUGGUCCUUGUCCCGGUCUUGAAGAUGAAGUCACUGGUCGGCGUUGUUGCUGACGGCGCUGUGUAAUCGGCUUUUGUUCGAACGGUUUUGAUCGACAGACGUCCACGUCCUUAUUCAUUGAGCGUAGCUGUUCCUGCGAAUACUCGAGGUUUGGGGCAGUUACGACACUUGCUCUUCUUCUGUUUUCGCCUUCGCGUGACGCUCAAACUUUUCGAAUGCUUCUGGCAGAUUUGUCGAGUCCCAUUCCAUGCGUGGUGCUUGAAUUCUACUAAAUUCCAUAUUUACUAAGGCUGAUUGCUGCUCCUAGAGGUGUUUGUUAUCGAGGUCAGAUGUCACGCCGGACUUUCAAGAAAUUCAGAAAAAAAUGUUUCCUAUCGCCACUACUCCAUAAAAACGAAACCGAUUGAGUGUCCAUAAAGCCAUAUAAAAUGUUUAUUUUGGUGAUAAAUGCUUAUUUAAUUAUCAUUGCUCAAGGGGAGAAAGCACAUUUAAGCAACUACGCGAAUGCUAAAGUGAGCUGUCAAAAUCGCGGAGGUCUUAUUACACAGGAAUUGCUUAAAUUCAAUGAACUAAUCAACAUCACAUGUGAACUUGGUGAAUACAACAACCUGUUAACGGACGGGGAAUCUGUAUGGGUACAAGGGCAGGCUCAAACUGGACCGUAUAUAGCCCUUUACACUUGCAUGAGGUUUAGCAACCAGAAUAAACACAUGUUUGUAAGGAUCAGGACAUUACAUUCUAACAUCCUUUUCGAAUGCAGCGUGUUCUGUGACCAUAUUUUACAUUCGACGGGAUAUCUAGGGAUUUACAAAGAUUCGUGUUUGUGCAUGUCUGACUCAUUCCGGUUUCCACACACACCGGAAUGUCUAGAACAUGAUUUUUUGGACAUUCACAAAAGGAUAAUUGUUUUCAGGCUGAUGGGAAAACUGCUCUUUAAGGCACAAUCAAAAUCAGCAAAUUUCAACUGCCUUGGGGCUUCAUUUCAGGAAAGUGGCAAAACCUCGUACUUUAACACUAAAUGUUCAUCUACUUUAUAUAGCAUAUGCACACAACGUGUUGAUAGUGAUCUUAGUAGCGAAUGUAAACCUAGGGUAGAUGAAUUAUGCUUCAACGAGGAAAAAAAUACAUUCUUUGAGCAUUACCGAAACUGUUGGCAAUACAAUGGAACCCUUAUACCGUUUAAUUCAGGCAUAACAGAAUCUUUGAAUUAUUCCGUAAUGCUUGGCAGUUUUCGAGCUUUCAAGGCUAUUGAGAAUGAUGGUGAAAACAAUGGCAAUGUUACCUGGUCAUGUUUAUCAAUCACACGAUUCAGUGGAACCAUUUAUAUGGAGACAGAAAACUGUUCAAAUGAAAAUACAUUUAUUUGUAUGGAUGAUAUAAGAAAUGCAUCUAACCAAGCAGAAUCUGAAACGACAGGUGGUACAACCAAACACGUUGUGCCCAUUUCUACUACUAUUACUACUACUACUACUACUACUACCACUAAUAUUAUUAUUAUUAUUAUUUGUUUAGUGAGCCUUAUACUGGUAACUGUUGUUGCUUUAAUAGUACGUUGUAAAUGCACACGGUUGCGUAAAUACACAGGUCCUAAGACUGAGACCAUACAAGAGGAAACUCAACUCAAUGCUUUUAAUUCUGAAAUGCAAAAUGACUUAACUACAAAAGCAGAAUGUAACCAAUCACAGUGUGUCCCAGAAGCACAACAGUCUGGAAAAAAACCUGAUGCGACAGAGUUAAUGAUGAUUACGGUAUUCUACUAGAUUUUAACAAGGUUUAAAGAGGCCAAAGCGUUCCUUUUUUGGAAAAAGAUAUUUUAUAUGCAUUUCCAUUAUCUUAGUGCUAAAGAAUUACGCACAUAAGGAAAAAUAUGUGAGUUUUGAAUCCUGAUGCCCCUUUAUUAAUUUUAUGGCAUGGGAAAACGAGGAAUGAGUAAAGAAAGACAUGUAAACAAAUUAACAUCUUACAAACUUUUUUUGCUAUGAAAUAUUGCAAAAUAGGUCAGUUCACGCCCGAUUUCAGUUGAAAUCAUACUGCAGCUUGAUCUGUAAUUCUUGUGUCAUUUAUUGUAAAUAUUAGUUGUCAGCAAGCAAUGCCCUUUUAAAUGAUAUCAAAUUAAUAGAGAGUCAUCAGGCAUAAAUAUUUUAACAUUUUUACCAAUGGCUUAAUGAAAUGACAAGCUUACAUGUCUGUACAAAGAAUACCUGAAUGCUGCACUCUCUCAGAUUGAACGUUUUGACAACUUUGUUUUAAUUUUUCGUUUUGGAACAAGCCAUUAUUUGCAAAAAUGCAUGGAAACCAGUGAUAUAAGACUGCGUACAAAAGAUCAGAUCGCAUGUUUUCAUAUUUAUGUUCAAAUAUUGUUGUUUAAUGCAUUGUACUUAAAUCGUUAGUAAUGCUAUAAAACAUUUAGUUUUCGAACGGAAAUAUGAAAAUCUGCGAUCUGAUCUUUUGUCAGCAGUCGUGUAUUACUGGUUGUUAAUAUUUACGUAAACAUUGGAUCAUUCCAAAAAAAAUAAGUUGUCAAAUCUGUGAUAGUGCAGCUUUAAUUAGAUUUAGACAUUUGUGAAAAGGAAAGGCAUAUGACAGCAUAUUUACUGAUAAUUAAAUAAGAAUAAUUGAUUGUCAUUAUGUUUGGAUGUAAUUGCAAAAUAAUGGUUCCUUUCUGUUUUGAGCUGACCUAAUCAAUAAGUGUUCCGUUAUUAAUAAUGAGCAAUUGUGAUAGGGUGAUUGUCCGUUGUCCGUCACUCAUCAACAUUUUCCUUCAAACAACUUCUCCUCCAAAACCACUGGGACAAUUGCAACUAAACUUCGUAGGAAUGUUCCUUGGGUGGUCCUCUUCCAGAUCCCUUCAAUAAAAGUGGUGCCAUGCAGAACUCUGGUAGUCAGGGCAACCAAAGGAAAUCACAUCUUUUUGGCUGAAACCGCUGGCCAAAUUGAACCAUAAUUUAACAGAAAUGUUCCUAAGGUGACCCUGUUUCAAAUUCUUUCACCCAAAAGUGAUUCGUAAAAAAAACAUGGUUACAAACGGGCGGGCUUCUUUUCACUAUUUAUCUGUCUAUAUGGAAAAAUGAAAAUUUUCUCCUAAGAAUCCGCUGGACCGAUUUAAAAAUGAUUUCACAAAAAAUAAUCCUUUGGUGACCCUCUGUCAAACCCCAUAACCCCAUUUUGAGUCAGUAAAAACAUGUUGCCAGUGGGUGGACGGGUGGUGCUGCUUUUCACAAUAAGUCUAUAUUAAAAACUUUGCAAAUCUACACCUCUGAAUUCACUGGCCCGAUUUUAAAAUAAUUUCAUAGAAAUGUUCCUAAGGUGACCCUCAAUCAAUUUUAAUUUCAACUUCAUGCUGAUUCGUAAAUAAAUGAUGGCCGCCAGGGACGUGGCUACUUUUCAUUAUUUGUGACCUUUUUAUCAAAAUAACUAAAAAUAAAAAAAAAUAGUGAAAUAAAAAAGCUAUUUCACUGUUUCAUACGCAUUCAAUUUGGCAUGCUUUCCUGAAAAAAACAACGAUUAAAUAUCAUUUUAUAUCAUUUUCAGGUAAAUAAAAAGAAAUCCCCUUAUCCUCAAAUAUCCCCUAUUUUUUCUAUAAUAUAAUUAAUUUAUUGAAGAUAUCAACUUUUUGCUAUUUUGUGACAAGUUAUAUAACUCGAACUUAAAUAUUGUAGAGUUAUAAGUUAUGGCCAUUUGUAACAACUUAAAUACAUGCUUAUUUUUCAUGUUUUUAUGCGCCCGUUUAAAAAACGGGACAUAUUAGCGUCCAGUAUGUUCUAGGGUCAAUAACUUAAGAAUCCUUUGUCCGAUCAGGUGAGCCAUAUAGGGCCAUCUUAGCCCUCUUGUCUUAGCUUUUUUGACAGACCCUUAAAGCUUGAGUAUGAGCUUUCCAUAUUACACUUGAUUUCGGCCAUUUCGUGUUUACGCAUUUUCACGGCAAACGAGCGAAAAUGUGUAUAGUAGUGGCAAAUUUGUGCAAAGAGGCGGGACAAUUAUGCACCAAGUACUGGGUAAAAAUGCGAAAUAGUUAGAUCUAUUAAUGAAGGAUCUGAGGCAAUAUAUAUGGUGUUCAAUACACGAGGUGCUCGUUGGCAUACUGAUUUAUAUUUAGAUUUGAUAUUUACUUGUACUGCUAUUAAUGUUGUGCUCUCGUGGCCGUUAUGCUGUUGUCGGCGUAAAUGCACAGAUACUUCUCAAAAACCAAAUGAGAAUGAGCUUGUAAUUCAUUCUUUGCUAUGAGAAUAAUUGCAGAAGCAGACUACAUGUAUUACACAAGGCAAACGUAUAAACAAUCAUUUACAGCUUUGGUAGUCUUUUACUGCUUUCAAUUUGAUAUUAAGUUAAUAUGUUGUGGUUUUUGUAAUUUUAGAUAAAGGUUGGGACAAGUUUGAGGUAAUGGCCAUAUAAACUACUUUAAACUCCAAUUAACAUGUGUUCAAGGAAAAUUGAGUUCCCAUUAUGUAGAGUAUAGCUAGUGUAUGGUGUUUGUAUCUAUGUAUGUGGUGUUUCUACAUUUUUGCUUAUCGUUCAGUGUCGUUCGUUACCUUGUGCUUCUAAACAGUCUAUUUUGAUUUUUGACUACUGUGGUUUAUGUUAUGUUCAUCGAUGAAAUGUAUAUACUUUUUAGCUCACCUGAGUGAAAGUGUUCAAGGGUGUGUAACGGUCCGCCUAAGGCGGACCGCGGCGGGCCCGGACGUGCGUUCAUAGUAUAACAUUCCGUUAUAGACGGAAGUACGUUCAUAUUAGUAUGUUUACUAGGUUGGUUUUAUUUUCACAAGUUAUUUUUCAUUUUUUAUUGUGUUAAUGAUUAUCAUCAUUAUUUCAUUAUAUUCAUAUUCAAUCUCAUCAUUUCAUCAUUUAUAUUGCUUCAUGUUUUUCUCAUGUUUUUAGGAUUUCAUGUUUCACAUUUGUAGAUUUAUGUUUACAGUAUUUCAUGUCCAAUUAUAUAGUUAGAUAAGUACUGUCUGGGUUUAACCAAUAUUUCAAUACUCUUAAUCUCAAAGCAAAUUGAUUUUACAACCGAAAGGUCUUAUUGACCAUCUGGCCUUGAUAAAAUUACGUUUGUAGAAAUAUUUCAUUACUGGUCCAGAUAAUUAUUGUAUAAAACUGUUUAACAUUGAGUGACAAGUUACCUUACUACCUUUUUUUUUACAACACCGUCUGGCUUUUCGAGUAUAUAUAUUUGGUUUAAAUACAAACCAUCAGACUUGAACUAUCAACUGAUUGGCUCUCUUUGAACCAGGUACCCUCCAAACCAAAGCACAAGUGGUCGUAAACGAAAGACUUGAAUAAUCAGCCAGGAUUCAAAGACGUAUAUAUUAACAAGUAUACAGUCUAUCAUAACGACCAAAUAUAUUCCAAAACGGCUGAAUAUGCAAAUUAACAAAGCACGGGAUCCGAGUGGAUCGAGAAUUUACCCCUUCAGGGUCGAGCAUGCUUUUCUCUGAAGGGAUCUGUUGGGUCUUUGACCUCACAUGUUGCAGGUGAGUUGUUGAGAUAGGUGACUGACCGUUAUACAUCCCUGUUUGUUCGUUGUUAACAUUUUCCUUAAAAUAACUCCUCCUAACUCAAUAGUACAAUUGCAACCAAUGUUCACAGUAAUGUUCAUUGGCUUGUUCUUUUCUAGAUUCCUUAAAGUGAAAUGGUUUCAUGAAAAAGGAAAAAUCUUCUCCUCUCCAUCUUGUCUGGAUUUCAAAAUGAUUUCACCAAAAUGUUCCUUAGAUGGACCUUUAUCACUCUCUUUUAAGCCAUGUUGGUUUGAUGAAAACUCAGCCGACAGCUGGCGGGGCUAGUUUUCACACUCUUACUUUAUAGAAAACACUCUACUUCUUAGAAACCACUGGCCAGAAAACAAGUUUGUUUAUUUGAAACUCUGUCAACAGGAGCAUGGGCUGGUUUAAAUAUAUGACUUAAUUGUACAUGUUUUUGUAACAAGGUGCAUUUUUUGGAAACCUUAGUCAACUAAUUUUGCUUCUAAAGCAAAACCUUUGUCUGAAAUUCUUCUCUUAAACCACAUCCGAUAGCCCAGACCUUUGAAAUAUUGUAUGUAGUGGUAUUUCGCAAAAAAAAUCAAAUUAUGCCCCUGGGCUCAAAGAUGGACCCCCCAGGGGUCUCAGGUUUUCUAUAUACUUAAAGAAAAAGCAUUUUUUUAGACCCUUCUUCUCUGAAACUUAAAAGGGUUCACCUCAUGUACCUUUACCAAGAUUGUUCUGGUGUCAAGGUUUGGCCCGUCUGGGAGUCAACGAUUUUCUAUGUAUACAAUGUAUAGUCAUAUCUUUGAAUAUCUUCAAUAAAACCGCCAGGGUCAUACCUUUGAUAUUUGUUAAGUAGCCUCAUAAAUUGGUUAAUAACCAUCUACAUCCAUAGCACCAAAUUGCAUCCUAAGCAACCAAUGGCUUCUUUAGCAACCAAUUACUUCCUUAUCAACAACUUACUUAGCAAACAAUGAUUUUCAUAGCAACGAAUGACUUUCUUAGCAACCACUUUUUUCCCUAGCAAACAGCGACCUCCUUAGCAACCAAUUAUUUUCUUUGCAACCAAUGACAUUCUUAUCAACCACUUACUUACUAAGCGACCGAUGAUUUCCUUAGCAACCAAUGAUUUCCAAAGCAAGGAUUUACCUCCUUAGCGACCAAUUAUUUGCUUAGCAACCACUUACUUCCUUAACAACCAAUGACCUUUUUAGCAGCCACUGACUUACUUAGCGACCACUAACGUCUUUAGCCACCACUUACUUCCUUACUUCCUUCAUCUAUAGCAACCAAUGAAUUCAUUGGCAAACAUUGAUUUCCAUAACAUCAGUCUGCAUGGACCAUUGCCAUCACAUAAGGAUCCAUUGUUCAUUGGAGCAACCAGCUGACAAUGUCCUUAAUUCCCUAGAAAUGUUUGCUUCUCUUUACAUGGGCCAACCUCCCUCUGGAACCACUUACUACCUAGGCAAGCAUCAACAUCCUUAAUAACCACUGACUUAUUGUUCAUUUUAAUCAGCUAGGUGAGCGGUAUUGGGCUAAUUCGGCCCUCUUGUUUUAGGUUAUCGUGUGUGUUCAUAUUGUGUUCAUUUGACUCUGCAGUUGUUUGCUGUAAUAAAACUGUGUUAAUACCUAUUUUAAAUUAUAUGCAUUUCUUAUUUAGUAUCGUGGCUAUCAUGAUCUUUAACUCUGUAGCGAUGUAAAUAUCAAUGCUCAUAAAAAAACACACCUGUAUUUGUUGAUUUCGUUGUCAUAUCGUAUUUUAUUACACGAUUAUAAACAAAUGUUCUGUUUCUUCUUUGCUUAUUUUUGGAGAUUUGUAAUGCCAAUAUAUUUCCGAAACUAAGCGUUUUAAAAAAGAACGUAGUAAAUUGUUGAAAGAACUUGAAUUAAGUAAUGAAUUUAAUUAAGGAAUGAAUUGCGUGGCUGAUAUCAUUAUCGGGGUAUGAACGCAGUUGUGCUUGUUUAAGCGCGUGGAGGACUCCACGCGUACUAGCCAAAUGCGUUCAUAUCCCCGAUAAUGACACCAAUCAUGCAAUUCAUUACCUAUAGUUCACCAAUAAUUAAUUCUUUGUUUGCCAGAUGGUUAAAAAAUACUUUAUUUCAUUUAAGAAACCCUUUCAGUAAUUCUCACCAAUUCUGUAAAUAGAACGACCCGACAGUAACCGGAAUCAGUGUGUCAUGUGACGGCUUAACAAUGCGGGAAAAAUAAGCAACUUCAUUGUUGAUUUUUAACGUAAGAUUGGAGUGCUAAUGACACCAAUGUUAUAACAAAUCAUAUAUUAACUCUUUUCAACGUGUUGAUUAAGGUUUUCGUGGCCUGCUGACACAAUUAAAACAAUAACAAGGCAAAAAAAUCCACGUACGUGUAUGUUUAUAAGCGAUCCGAGCAUAACCAAAGAUGUUGCGUUCAUCGGAUGAUUAUCGUAAUUGGCAAAAGGCAGUUCAUUUAAGGAAUUUCGGAAGUUGACGUGUAAAUAUUAUAAAUUACAAUAUAGCUCCAAUGGUACUUAUACUAUCCAUGCUUUAAUUUAUAAUUGCAAUAUAGUGAAAGGUGGUAUUAAAUUAAUUAUAACACAGACCAUAUUAAUAAUAUUAAUUCCAAUAUCGACCAUGUUAAUAAUCUUAGCUACAAUAAAGUGAUCAUGUUAAUAAAGUAACGUGUUCGAAUGAGUUUUGCCUUGUAUUUGCAUUCUGAACUCCUCGGCCAUUUUCUAACAACCUCGGUACGUUUGCAAUUGAUUGCCAGUGAAGUGUAUUAUUGCAAACAUAAAUAGAUUCCCAAAAGUUUAGUCAUUAAGUUAAACUGCUAAAUUGAAAUGAAUACGCGAUCGACAGGCAGCGUUUUUAAAUUGUAAAGAUUGUCGACAUUGUAAACCGUCCAUAUACAUCUGAGGUUGUUUUCGAUAGAAAACGGCCGAGGAGAUCCGAAUGCAAAUACAAGGCAAAAAAAUCAUUAUAGCAUGGUUGUAUUUGGAGAAUAAACAUAAAAUCAUACCGUAAAGUCUCAGCGAU